AUGACGAAUCAAGCACAUUCAUCGCCACUUGGAACGCCGCGUUCACAAGCCAACAGUGACACAAGUGAUCCAUGGGAACUUGAUCAUCUUCUCGACAGCGAUGAGGUACGUACUUCCUUUUAUCCACAUCUCAGGUCUGUUUUUAUUUCAUUUGUGGGACAACAUCGGGGGAUCAAACGCGGUACUUUGGAUGGUCGAACUUGUCUCAAUUUAACUCAAAAUUGA